AUGUUUGACAUAUUUCAGGUUGUCUCCGCUUUUAACGUCCUCCUUAGUCAGGCUAGAGGUCCCCGGGUACUCGCCGCUAUGUCCCAGCUAUCGAGGCGAUUAGCGCGCCUUUACCUUGCCGGUAGACUCACUUGUCCUGCCAUUUCAGUCACUGGACAUCCAUGCCGCGAAGAACUUCAUCGAGUUGCAAUCAUUGUUUCUCACCCAUCUGCUCCUCCUGACGCAGCCGCGACCGAUGCUGGAGAUGGUUAUUUGACCGGCGGAGAGUUUAUGCCGUUUAGUGCUAACACUUCAGCAUUAAUCGGCCACAUGGUUCCGCCUGGUUAG